CUCUUACAGCUCCAGGAAACUGUAAAGAGAAAACUGGACAUUGCAAGAUCGCCGCUCAAUGGCGACCAAAAUGGCAUAUGUGACGGGGGAAACUACUCUCCGACCACCAAGAGACUACGGAAAGAGGUCACUGGUGGUUUGGAUUCACUAACUUGCCUCCCUGGCAACAACAACAAUGUCCCACCCAUUUCUCCACUACAUCACCAAAUGGACAUCAAGCCCUUACUUAGCGGGCCCAAUGCUUCCACAGGCAACAACACCACAAACAACAACAAUGGCAACCAUGUAACAGGUCGAGCACAGGAUGAGCUAGGCAAAAACGGCGGUAGCCAUAUACCGGACAUCAAGCUGAAUGGCUCGCUGGACCUGGAGGAUGGCUUUAGCCUCCUCAAAGACCUGAAACAAGAGCCUCUAGACGAUGGGGGCGCGAUGGAGUCCACGGACCCUCAGUCUCUGUCCAACCAGAACAAGCUGUUCUCCGACAUCAACCUCAAUGACCAGGAGUGGCAGGAGCUGAUAGAUGAACUGGCCAACACUGUGCCUGAGGACGACAUGCAUGACCUCUUCAACGAGGACUUUGAGGAUAAGAAAGAGGCAGAGUUCAGCAGGCCGGCAAACAAUCAGACACCAGGACCACAGGAGGCGGCGGGGAAUACAACAGCACCAGGAGGUGGGGCGGCACCAACAGCAGCCCUGCCUCCACCCCCUCCUCAGCCUCCACAGGGAGUCCCGCAGGUUCCCAUGGGCUCGCCACAGGUCCGACCAUCAUCCUCAGGUCCUCAGUUUGCCACCGCCGCCAAUGGAACGCCUCCCCAACAGCCUUUGCAGCAGUCUCCAGCAGUCGCCAUGGCGUCAGGCUCUCCGCUGCAUAACUGUGUGGCUCGGUCCCCGCAGACCCCCUCCCAAACGCAAGCUGCAUCCAGGCCUGGGAAUGGAUUUAUGAUGAACCCAGGCCCUGGGGUGAGUCAGGCAGGCACAGGUCCUGGUGGGGCUGGGGUGCCCACUGGAGCACAGCAGGUGGGACCAGUAACCCCUGAACUCUCCCCAGCAGAGCAGCUGAAAGCCAUGGCUGCUCAGCAACGUGCAAAGCUGAUGCAGCAGAAACAACAGCAACAAGCAGCAAACUGGUCCCCAGCUGGUGCUCCAACCAGCCCCUAUGGCUCAGCUCCCUUUAACCAAGACAAACCUAACAGCCCCAUGAUGUACCCACCGCAAGCCUUUAACGCAACACAGGGCCCCCUAGUGGCUGGUAUGACCCCUAACAAUGGGCCCAAAGCUCCUAUGAACAACUACCUCCCUCAGAACCACAACCACAUGGGCAUGAUGGCCCAGCAACAACAACAGCCAAACAGCAUGGGCCAGAAUGCCCUUUCUAAACAACAGCAACAACAACAGCAACAACAACAGACAGCGGCCAUGUUGUCCUACAACAACACUAAACCGCUCAGUCACUUUAGUGGUGCUGGAGUUGAUCACAUGGGCCAGAGGAUGACGCCACCUAUGGGAGGGGCAAACCAGGUCAAGAACCCCAUGAUGCCUCCCUAUAUGGGUGGAGGAGGAAGUGGAGGUCAGGGAGCGGGACCAGGCCAGACCCAGGGGCCAAUUCCAGGGCAGACAGCUCAUCUCAGUGAGGAGCAGAAGAGGAUGUUGCUGAUGAAGCAGAAGGUGCUUAACCAGAACAUGCCAUAUAGCACCAUGCAGCCACAUGGACAG